UUAUUUCUCUUAUUCCGCUUAUCAUUCAUUAUCAACCAACCAAACCACCAGGCAGCAGCGUAAAAAACACCUUGCGCACAAACCUAAACUCGCAGUGGCGUAAAAACCUAUUACAUUAAUUAUUCAUCAUUGAUCUACAGUUUAUUUAUAUCAAUAGUUUCAUUGUGUUCAAUAAUCUGUGAUACUUCGUAGUGAGCCCUGAAGACUAACCAAAAUGCCUGAUACCUUCACGUGUAUUACUUGCCAGGUGCUUUUCAAAACUCCCGAACUUCAACGGGAGCAUUAUAAAUUGGACUGGCACAGGUAUAACCUAAAGAGGAAAGUAGCUUCAAUACCUCCUGUAUCACUGGAGGAGUUUGAACAGAGAGCUAGAGAGCACAAGAAGCAGGCUGAAAAUGAUAGCCAGGGUGAAUCAGAGUUUUGCAAGUGUUGCUCAAAAGUGUUCAACACUAAGAAUGCGUACAAUAACCACCUCAAUAGUAAGAAGCACAAGCUAGCUCAAGAACAGUAUGUGGAAGAGGAGCUCAGUGCUCAUUCAGACACUGACAGUUUCGUUAAAGUUGAGACCAGCCAACCAGGGACUGCGCCUGGCAAGUUUGUAGUUGUUAAUCCAAAUGACUCUGGCGAUGACGACAUAGAGACAGAUUCUGAAAUUGAAGAGCUUGAUUCCGAUGAGUGGGAGGAAUGCCGGAUUAAGGGAAGUGACUCUCUCAUCAAACCCCGAGAUUGCCUGUUCUGCACACACCAUAGCAAGAACAUGGUGAAGAAUCUCAAACACAUGUCUGAGGCCCACUCAUUCUUCAUUCCUGACCUGGAGUACUGCAUUGAUGUCAAAGGCUUGUUGCUUUAUUUGGGAGAAAAGAUAUCACAAGGCUUCAUGUGCUUGUGGUGCAAUGACACAGGCCGAACAUUCUACUCCAUGGAGGCUGCUCGGGGUCAUAUGGUAGAUAAGGGCCAUUGCAAAAUGCUGCAUGAAGGGCUUGCAUUGGCAGAGUAUGCUGAUUACUAUGAUUAUAGUGCCUCGUACCCGGACCAUAAAGAUGACGAUGAGAACAUGGACAUAGAUGAAGAAGUGGAGUCUCCGACAGCGCUGGAAGGCGAUGACUUCCAGCUGGUGCUACCCUCAGGAGUUACAGUUGGUCAUCGGUCCCUUAUGAAAUACUAUAAACAACACAUAACAAACAACGGUCAAGCAUUAGUGAAGAAAUCAGAUCGCAAAUUACAUAGACUUUUAGGAAUGUACAAAGCAAUUGGAUGGGCGCCUAAGGACCAAGCACAGGCAGCCAAGAAAGCACGUGACAUCCACUUCAUGAAGCGAGUGCAGGCCAAGUGGCAGAUGAAGCUAUCGCUCAACGCAAACAAGUUCCAGAAACAUUACCGGCCUCAAGUCAACUUCUAGGCACAUUCUGUUAGUAAACUUUAUUGUUGUAUACCACGUUCAAAUAGUUUUAAAAACUGCAGAGCUGAUAAAUUUUGUUUAACAAAAAUAGACGUAAUUUUAAAAACCA